AUGAUGAACAUUUCCUUGCGUUUGAGAAGACCAUCCCGGAUGGUGGAUGGUAAAAGGAUGAGGAUGACUUCAAGUUUCCAGCGGCUCUUACUAACAUUUAUUCUUCUGUAUUUAAUGAAUCAAGUAAAUAGCCAGAAAAGGGGGGCUCCUCGUGAUUUGAAGUGUAUAACUAACAAUUUGCAAGUGUGGGACUGUUCUUGGAAAGCACCCUCUGGAGCAGGCCAUGGUACUAUUUAUGAAGUUUGCAUUGAAAGCAGGUCCCGUUCUUGUUAUCAGUCAGAGAAAGCAAAUGCUAAAAUCCCAGCUCUUUUACCUGGCGAUCAUGAAAUAACCAUAAAUCGUCUAUAUGAUUUUGGAAAUCCUAUAAGUAAAUUCACACUAAAUGAAAAAAAUGUUUCCUUAAUUCCAGAUACUCCAGAGAUCUUGAAUUUGUCUGCUGAUUUCUCAACUUCUACAUUACACCUGAAGUGGAAUGACAGGGGUUCUGUUUUUCCCCGUCACUUAAAUGUCAUCUGGGAAGUUAAAAUUCUGCGUAAAGAAAAUACGGAAAUCAUAAAAUUAGUGACCCACAACACAACUGUGAAUGGCAAAGAUACAGUUCAUCACUGGAGUUGGGCCUCAGACAUGCCCCUAGAGUGCACCACCCAUUCUGUGGCAAUUAGAUGCUAUGUUGACGAUCCUCAUUUCUCUGGUCGCAAAGAGUGGAGUGACUGGAGCCCACUGAAGAACAUUUCUUGGUCUCCUGAUUCCCAGACUAAGGUUUUUCCUCAAGACAAAGUGAUACUUGUAGGCUCAGAUAUAACAUUUUGUUGUGUGACUCAAGAAAAAGUGUUAUCAGCACAGAUUGGCCAAACAAAUUGUCCCCUUAUUCAUCUUGAUGGGGAAAAUGUUGCAAUCAAGAUCCAUAAUAUUUCAGUUUCUGCAAACAGUGGAACAAAUGUGGUUUUCACAACAGAAGAUAACAUAUUUGGGACAGUUAUUUUCGCAGGAUAUCCACCUGAUAUUCCUCAAAAACUGAAUUGUGAGACAUACGAUUUAAAAGAGAUUAUAUGUACUUGGAAUCCCGGAAGACCAACAGCACUGGUGGGCCCACGCAAUACAAGUUACACUUUAUUUGAAAGUUUCUCAGGAAAAUAUGUUAAAUUUAAAAGAGUUGAAGCACCAACAAAUGAAAGCUACCAGUUACUCUUUCAAAUGCGUCCAAAUCAAGAAAUAUAUAAUUUUACUUUGAAUGCUCGCAAUCCUCUGGGUCGGUCAGAAUCAACUAUUUUAGUUAACAUAACUGAGAAAGUUUAUCCUCGUAUUCCUACUUCAAUCAAAGUGAAGGAUAUUAAUUCAACAGCUGUUAUACUUUCCUGGCAUUUACCGGGCAACUUUGCAAAGAUUAAACUUUUAUGUCAAAUUGAAAUUAAUAAAACUAACGCAGUACAAGAAUUGCGGAAUGUCACGGUCAGAGGAGUAGAAAAUUCAAGUUAUCUUGUAGCUGUGGACCAGUUAAACCCAUAUACUGUAUAUACUUUCCGGAUUCGCUGUUCUGCUGAAACUUUCUGGAAAUGGAGCAAAUGGAGCAAUGAAAAAAAAUAUUUAACCACAGAAGCCAUUCCUUCAAAGGGACCAGAUACUUGGAGAGAGUGGAGUUCUGAUGGAAAAAACUUAAUAAUCUAUUGGAAGCCUUUGCCCAUUAACGAAGCUAAUGGGAAAAUCCUUUCCUAUAAUGUGUCAUGUUCACUAGAUGAGGAGACACAGUCCCUUUCUGAGAUCCCUGAUCCUCAACAUAAGGCAGAACUACAACUUGAUAAAAACGACUACAUCAUCAGCGUGGUGGCAAAAAAUUCUGUUGGUUCAUCGCCACCUUCUAAAAUAGCUAGUAUGGAAAUUCCAAACGAUGAUCUCAAAGUAGAGCAGGCUGUCGGGAUGGGAAAUGGAAUUCUCCUCACGUGGAAUUACGAUCCCAGCAUGACUUGUGACUAUGUUAUUAAGUGGUGUAACUCCUCUCGGGCCGAGCCCUGCCUCAUGGACUGGAAAAAAGUCCCUUCCAACAGCACUGAAGCUGUAAUAGAAUCUGAUCAGUUUCGACCGGGUGUAAGAUACAAUUUUUUUCUGUAUGGGUGCAGAAAUCAAGGAUAUCAGUUACUGCGUUCUAUAAUUGGAUAUAUAGAAGAAUUGGCUCCAAUUGUUGCCCCAAAUUUUACUGUCGAGGACACAUCUGCAGAUUCAAUAUUAGUAAGAUGGGAAGAUAUUCCUGUGGAAGAGCUUAGAGGCUUUUUAAGAGGAUAUUUAUUUUACUUUGAAAAAGGAGAGAGAGACACAUCUAAGAUCAGGGGUUUGGAAUCCGGUCGCUCUGAUAUAAAGGUUAAGAAUAUUACCGACCUCUCCCAGAAGACACUGAGAAUUGCCGAUCUUCAGGGUAAAACGAGUUACCAUCUGGUCCUGCGAGCCUAUACAGAUGGUGGAAUGGGCCCAGAGAAGAGCAUGUUUGUGGUGACAAAGGAAAAUUCUGUGGGAUUAAUUAUUGCCAUCCUCAUCCCAGUGGCGGUGGCGGUCAUUGUGGGAGUGGUAACGAGCAUUCUUUGCUAUCGGAAACGAGAAUGGAUUAAAGAAACCUUCUACCCUGACAUUCCAAAUCCAGAAAAUUGUAAAGCUUUACAGUUUCAGAAGAGUGUCUGUGAGGGAAACAGCGCUCUCAAAACAUUAGAAAUGAAUCCUUGUACCCCGAAUAAUGUUGAAGUUCUGGAAACUCGAUCAGCAGUUCCUAAAAUAGAAGAUACAGAAAUAAUUUCUCCCGUAGCCGAGCGCCCAGAAGAGAGCUCUGAUGCGGAACCCGAGAACCACGUGGUUGUGUCCUAUUGUCCGCCAGUCAUCGAGGAAGAAAUACCGAACCCGGGAGUGGAUGAAGCCGGAGGGACCUCACAAGUCAUUUACAUCGAUGUCCAGUCCAUGUACCAGCCUCAGGCAAAACCAGAAGAGGAACAAGAGAGCGACCCCGUCGGGGGGGCAGGCUAUAAGCCACAAAUGCACCUCCCCAUCACUUCUACUGUAGAAGACCUGGCUGCAGACGCUGACUUAGAUAAAACUGCAGGUUACAGACCUCAGGCCAAUGUAAAUACUUGGAACUUAGUAUCUCCAGACUCCCCCAGAUCCACAGACAGCAACAGUGAAAUUGUCUCUUUUGGAAGUCCCUGCUCCAUUAACUCCCGACAAUUUUUGAUUCCUCCUAAAGAUGAAGACUCUCCUAAAUCGAAUGGAGGAGGAUGGUCCUUUACAAACUUCUUCCAGAACAAACCGAAUGACUAA